AUGGUCACUGAUCUAAAAAACAACCAAGAUUUCCAAAAUGCCAUUGCUACCCCUGGUAACAAAUUGAUCGUUGUCGAUUUUUACGCCACCUGGUGUGGACCUUGUAAGAUGGUCUCCCCUAUGGUUGAAAAAUUCAGUCAAGAAUACACUCAAGCCGAUUUCUACAAGAUCGAUGUUGAUUUGGUUCCAGAAGCUGCUCAAAACAACGAAGUCACUGCCAUGCCAACCUUCUUGUUCUUCAAGAACGGUAGAGAAAUCUCCAGAAUCGUUGGUGCCAACCCAGCCGGUGUGAAGCAAGCCAUUGCUGCUAACAUCUAA